AUGAAAUCCACAAUUCAAGAUAAAGAAAGAUAAAAGAUUAAACCAAAUUAGAAUAUUAACAUCGAACAUUGCAUUGUUAAAACAGUGUCAGACACCUUUAAGUCAUUUUUUGAUUCCAAAAUUAAAGAAUAUGGAAUGCCAACCUACAUAACUAUGAAUUCAGAAUUUGUUUUUGUUGGGAUGGAUUAGGCCUAUGUUGUUAUUUUUAGAUAAGUAUAGAAAUUUAACAAUCUAGGAUGACAAUUAUACUCAAAUCCAUAAAGUACUUGGAAAUGAAUCUCAAAUAAGCAGAGGAAGGGUUAAAAUGAUACACAUCUCCAUAGAUGGAUAACUUUUAUUAGCUGUUUAUUCUAAUGAUUAAUUUGUAAUUUAUAAUCUCAAAGUAAUGGCAGACAUUUUAUUUAGUCUUUUAUUGAGAUCUUUGAUUGUAGACUUAAACUUGUGAAAAGCAUUGAAAUUGUGCCAUUGACAAAUCAAUGUCUAUAUUACGAGUUAAUCAUUCAAUUAGAUAACAAUUACAUUAUAAAGAUGCCAUUAGAUUUAAAGAAUGCAGGAUUGUUUGAAUUUACAUUAGGAAUUCCAAUCUAUAAAUUCGGAAUGUUAUGUGAAAAAUAGCAGUUCGAAGAAACAAAAACGGCAGUAUGAAAUACAUCUUAAUACUUAAGUCGAUAGUUGAGGAAGAUUACAUUGCUCCUAUGUCGUAAAUAAUAUAAGAUUUAUCAAUUAUGGAUAAUAGUUAUUAGGAGCAUAUCUAGUGUAUGGAUGACAAUGACAAAUUGGCUUAGAUAGAUAAUAAUAAAGUGAAAGCAAGUAGAAUUCACUAAUCCAAGUAUUUGAUGGCUGUGGCAUUCACAAACAGAGUUUAGGUUAUAUAGGUACAUUUUGGAGCCAAAUUGAAUCAAGAAGAAUCAAAAAUUUAACUAUUGCUAAACUUUUUGAGACCAGAUGCUUUCAUUUAUAAUUUGGUAUUUCAUUAACCUUAUCCAAAUACAUUUGAAUCCUAAAAAUUGUCUAUCCAAUGUUCUUGUGCAUGGGGAUUGGGCAAUUUUAAAGAAACUAAUAAAAGAUAUGUAUUAUUGAUCAUCAAUUGGGGAUGUAGGGAAUAUUACGCAUUCAAGGUUAUGUCAAGCAAUUCAAAUAUUUAAGUCAUAUAAGGUGGUCAUUUUUACAAUGCCAUAGAUUUUGCCACACUUUCGACUUUUCCUUUGACUUGCAAGUUUAUAACUAAUUCAAUAUUUUUAUCCUUUGUCGUCAAUAAUGUUGAUGGCCUCAUUUCAACUCAAUUGAAAUUAAUGACUACUUCAUAAUUUGAGUAUGGUGUACCAUUUACUCUAAGCUAAAUAGAAAAGCAUUAUAAUUAGGAGAAGUAGAUAUAGAAUUUAUCAAAUGGAUAAUACCAGCCAAAAUUCAGCUCAUAUGUUAGUGAAAAUAAACAAUAAGUUAUUAUUAGCUAAGGUAUUUUAGACUCGAUAUAGGAUGGUUAUCAAAUUUCAAAUGAUAUUAUCCUGAAUUUUAAUUAAUUGCAUUCCAAUUGUACAUAUCACAUCAUUAUUAUUUUAGUGCAAAUAACUUUUGAGAAUGGACUAUGCAAUAUAUUGAAUGGCACUGAUUUGUACACUAUUCGAUUAAAGAAAUGGGAUGAAUACUUAAUUGAAUUGAGUAAGAAUGAAGAAUGGGAUAAGUGUUUUGAAACAGCCUUUAGCAUUCAUAAAGGUUAUCUGACGCUUCUAUGUGAUAUCCCUGAAAAUGACACUCAAAGACACAAGUACAUUUAGGAUAUAUGCGGCAAUUUGGGAUUGCAAUACAUAAUGACCUAAUUAAUUAAAAACUAAUAAAUAAAUAAUACAUGUAUAUAAAAGGUUAUUUAGUUUUUUAUUAAAACUCAGAAUGAGGAGCAAUUAUUUGAUCAAAUUGAAACCUUUAUGGUGAGUAAUGGCUUUGGCAAUAUAUUCUAUGAUAGUUUGAAGGACUUAAUAAAACAGUUCCAUGUGAACAUCCCAUAUCAAAAUCAAAUAAAAGUCUUGAGAAGAUUCUCAGAUAUGAAUGAAAAGGAUAUAUGCCAACGAAUUAUAUUCUCAAUCUAAAACAUUUAGUAAUUCGAUCCCAAGAAAUUAAUCGAAUUCUGUUAAGAAAAAGACUUAAUAGAACCAUUAAUAUAUGUGUGCUCACAAUUUAAUGACUUUUUAACUCCAUAUUUGAGGAUACUUACUCUGAUCACAGUCUUGUCGGACAGUCACCAUUCGAAUUAGAUUGAGAAGAGCGGCAUAACGUCACUGACACUUGAAUAGUUAAAAGUUAGUUUAUUUGGGUAAUUUUUGGAUAAUAAUUAGUUUUCUUUAGUUUUGUUUUACUGGUCAAAAUUAAUAGAAGCCUGAACUCUUUUUCACUGAUAAACAAUUUAAAUCUAUGUUCAAAGAUUUAUUUGAAUAUUUAUUUGAUUUUAGAAAUGUAGAAAAGCUAUUAGAAAUAGAUUAUGAAAAAACCUUACAAGUUUUUCUAUUAGUUUUUUCAGAAAGGAUUUAGGAUAAUUUAAGACAGUAUAUUAAUGAAGGAAAGCAAAUAAACAUCUAGAUGAGCGAGAGUGUUAAGGAGGGGUUCUUACCAGAGAUCUUGAGUAAUUAAGUGAUUAUUGAUAAUUUAUAGAUUUGGAGUAGACUGAAAUUCAUUUGCAAGUAUUGUCAAGGAUUUAUGUUUUGAUUAAGAUUGCAGAGAUGACAUAUUUUGGUAAACUCAACGAUAAGUAGGAGAUUGAGAAAUUCUUGUAAUACUCAUACGCAUUUUCAUCGAAUAUCUUUGCAAUUUGUGCUUUUCGAUUUAACAGCAAUCACAUCCUAAUCAAUUUGUUGAAUUACAUGGAUAUUUUGAGAUUGGAAGAGUCCACCUUGUUCGACAUUACUUGGGUGCUGAGAGGGAGAGUGUAAAAGGACUUGCCUGAAGAAGUGAUACGGAAUGAGUUUUUGGAAAGAGUGAUGAAGAAAUUGGAUAAGUCAUUGGAAGGGUAAUACAUGAUAUUGGAGGAAUUGCGAGAGAAGGCGUAGGAGAGGAAAUGGUAAUGCGUUGAAUAUAGUAGAAUAGGGUUCUGAUGGAGGGAUGUUGUUUGAUAAAGAUGAAACGAAUUCCUGAGGCUUUGUAUCUGUAUUUAAGUCAUCCAGACUGGAUGCUAUCGGAGAAGGUGUUUGGUGUAUUGGCAGAUUAAUUAAGACAGGAGAAGCAGGAGGAGUUCAUUGAGGAUUGGAUUUUUAAGAAUUUAGGGAUUCUUGGGUGUGAGAACAGUUAAAAGUUGUUUAACUUGUUGUACACUUAUAAAAGGGAGAAUAUUGGGAGGGUGUUGAUGGAAUUGAAAAAAGUAGAGGUUGUGAAAGUGGACAAAAAGAUGGGGAGGGAGCAGGAGAUGAAUCUAUUUAUUGAGUUUUUAGAAUAUUUAAAACCUCGUAUGUAAAUUGAUGUUUCGAAGUACUUGUGAGAUAUAUAAUUUGGC